GUACGUGACCUUUGACGAAUUUCUCCGGCUUGUUGAGAGUUGGGUAGGAUUAGUACAAGUCGAAAUGGAAGAAGAGGAAGAGUCCUGCAGAUCCAGCCCGGUCCUCCAGCCAAACCGUGGCGCAUCCGGCCAGUUUGACGUUUCUCUCCCGGCCAGACACUUGUACCUGGGUGAGUUGGAGGAGGAAGGACAGAUUCCCAUGGAGGACGAGGAGACCACGCCCACCCUGCCCCUCCUCUGCCUCCCCGACAGAGUUCUGUUCCCGGGAGAGACACUGCCGAUGCACGUCCAGAACCCCCACACCAUGCUCAUGUUGCGCGAUGUUGCGACUCGGCACCGACCGGUUGCCAUAGUGACCGACCUCAGGUCCAGCUCCCAGCUCCGUGAGAUGGCCAGACCCACAAAGGAGGAACUUUCUAAGGUGGGUACGACGGCAGAAGUGGUGGGGAUGAGGCUAGAGGGAGAAGACUACACUCAAUGGAGUCCCUUCCUCACCGUCAAGCUCCUCGGUCGACAGAGAUUCAGACUUAUGGAGAUCUUCAAGAGAGUCAACGGACAGAUGGAGGGUCGUGUGGUGAUUCUGCCAGAGAUGAGACUCUCUCCCCCACCUCUCGCCCUCUCUCCCUGCCCUCCAUGUCUCCACUCUGGGGCUCUGGUCUCCAGACUAGUGGCCAGGGCUGGCAGCGUCUCUCCAUUCACUCUACAACAGAACAGCAGACACUCGCAGGUUCUUAAGGUUCGAGAAUUUUGUAGUAAAACUACUGAAUGCAUCUCUGACUAAGGAACGUAUGUAUGUGUUGUGUGCAGCGUUCUCAGAUCUCAGGAUCUCUGUGUCAGGUUCCAGCAUGGGUCUUUUCCCUCCACGACCAGGAGGUAGCCAGGGAGGAGAUGAUGAGGGUGGGGCGCCGGGAGGAGGCAUCAUUGGACCUGCUGCCCGAGGACACCAUCAGCCUCUCCUACUGGCUGUCUCGCAGACUACCCAUCUCGGACCAGGAGAAACUCUCCCUCCUGUCCAUCCACUGCCCCACCCAGAGACUGAUUCAGGCCCUCCACAUUCUCCAGGGUCUGAAUGACUUGUUUUGUGAGUGUGGAAAGUUUAUUACAAAGAAGGCCCACCUAUUCAGUAUGUCGGUGGACGGCCCGGUGGCAUCGUACGUGAACCCUGGAGGUCACGUGCACGACACGCUCACGGCCAAGAGAGCCGAGAACGUGAAAUCUCACGGCGGACCCUCAACUGAACAUUCUUGGUUCCCCGGCUACUCCUGGACGAUGCUGUCGUGCAGAGGCUGCAGCGGACACAAGGGCUGGCUAUUCAACGCCACCCAAGGCGGUCUAGACCCACCAAUGUUCUACGGGCUGUGUCGCAAAGGUCUGGCUCACUGCCACAAGCCCAGCAGAGGAGCCAACGGCGACCUCGUGCACCCCUCUUGACUCGAGAAUUGUCAGAUUUCAUCUAAUUCCGUAUCUGUUUGAGUCAGUAUAAACCCACUUAUGUUUGUGAUUCUCAAGUUUAUUGGUCAACUAUGGGUGUGUGAUUCUCAAGUUUUUUAAAUAUUAUACCCACUUUUGUUUGUGAUUUUUUUAAAUAUACAUAUACCACUUUCAUCAAUGGA